AUGUCUGCACUUCGCAAGAAAUUUGGGGACGACUACCAGGUAGUGACCACCUCAUCCAGUGGCUCGGGGUUCAAUCUUCCAGCACCGGAAAAAAAGAGGAAAAGGCAACGGUUUGUGGACAAGAAUGGCCGGUGUAACGUUCAGCAUGGGAACCUUGGUGGUGAAACCAGCAGAUACCUCUCAGAUUUGUUCACCACUUUAGUUGACCUGAAAUGGCGCUGGAAUUUAUUCAUUUUCAUCCUUACAUACACUGUAGCGUGGCUAUUCAUGGCUUCAAUGUGGUGGGUUAUAGCUUAUAUACGCGGGGACCUCAACAGACCCCACGAUGAUAAAGACACGCCAUGUGUUGCCAAUGUCUACAACUUUCCGUCAGCGUUCUUAUUCUUCAUUGAGACAGAGGCGACCAUUGGCUAUGGCUAUAGAUAUAUCACGGACAAAUGUCCCGAAGGAAUUAUUCUGUUUCUCUUUCAGUCAAUCCUUGGAUCAAUCGUUGAUGCUUUUUUGAUUGGCUGCAUGUUCAUAAAAAUGUCUCAGCCGAAGAAGCGGGCAGAAACGCUGAUGUUUAGUGAACAUGCGGCAAUCUCAAUGCGGGAUGGAAAACUAACUCUGAUGUUCAGGGUAGGAAACCUGCGUAACAGCCAUAUGGUCUCUGCUCAGAUCCGCUGUAAAUUACUCAAAUCUCGGCAGACGCCCGAGGGUGAGUUUCUACCGCUGGAUCAGUUGGAGUUGGAUGUUGGUUUCAGCACAGGAGCGGACCAGCUCUUUCUCGUCUCACCGCUCACUAUCUGUCACGUCAUUGAUACCAAAAGCCCAUUUUAUGAACUCUCCCAGAGAUCAAUGCAAACGGAGCAGUUUGAAAUCGUGGUCAUUUUGGAAGGGAUUGUGGAGACCACUGGUAUGACUUGCCAAGCGCGGACGUCGUACACAGAGGACGAGGUGCUGUGGGGUCACCGCUUCUUUCCGGUAAUUUCCCUGGAGGAGGGUUUCUUCAAAGUGGACUACUCACAGUUUCACGCCACCUUUGAGGUUCCCACACCCCCAUACAGCGUGAAGGAGCAGGAAGAGGCUUUGCUCAUGUCCUCUCCGCUCAUGGCUCCGUCUCUGUGCAACAGCGGUGAAAAGAACAGCUCUCUCGGCUGCCUCGAGCUGCUGGAGGACACGGAAAGCACCGCCAAGCUGCCACCUAAGGUGCAGAAGAUGACCGGACGCGAUGGUAUGCCACGCAAGCUACUGCGCAUGAGCUCCACCACGUCCGAGAUGACCUACAGCCUGGGCGAACUGCCGAUCAAGCUCCAACGCAUCAGCUCCGUGCCCGGCGUCUCGGAGGAGAAAAUGGUUGCCAAGACGACCAAAGCUGGCGCGGAGCCCAUGAGUAAGUCUGUCGCGGAGUUGCCGCCAAAGCUCCAGAGGCUGGCGGGGGGUGGGACGGGAGGGCGCAUGGACGGGCACCUCCCUCCGAAACUCCGAAAGAUGAACUCUGACCGCUUCACGUAG